AUUAGAAAGAAAACAUAUCCUUCAAGAAAAGAAAGGUGUCUUGUGGAAAUGGCGAUAGCUAGGAGAAAAACUCCUCAUCCGCUCUUUGCUUGCUCUACUGUCUUUGCAAUCGCCAUAUGCCUCUUUGUCUCCACAGAAAAGAAAAGAACCACAAUAUCUCAAGUGAUUAUUGAAGAAAAAAGAAAAGAAAAAGUAUACCACAGUAAUUGACGCCUUGUACUCUUGUUGACUUUUAUCAACAACAAGCCACAACAACCCAAUGAACUUAACUUGUCGGGCCGGAGCGGGUCACAUAUCUGAACCUGGUGGUGUGCCGCUUUUCCUGCAACUCUACAUACGAAUUCAAGAUGGAUUGUCGAUGAAAAUGGACGGAGAGUAAAGUUAGCAUGCACCAAUUGGGUAUCCCAUCUUGAGCCUAUGGUAGCUGAAGGGCUGAGUAACCAACCUUUGGAUUCGAUUUCAAAGAAGAUUAGAAAUAUGGGAUUUAACUGUGUUCGAUUAACAUGGCCUUUGUUCUUAAUUAUGGAUGAUUCUUUGGCGUCGGUCACUGUUCGAACAUCUUUUCAAAGAUUGGGACUUGUUGAAUACGUUUCUGGAAUACAAGCUAAUAACCCAUCUCUCCUUGACCUUCCUCUCAUUGAAGUUUUUCAGGCUGUCGUAUCCAACUUGGGGGAGAACGAUGUGAUGGUGAUACUAGACAACCAUAUCAGUAAGCCAGGUUGGUGUUGUGGUGACUCCGACGGCAAUGGCUUUUUCGGAGAUAAAUACUUUGAUCCGCAAUUAUGGAUCAAGGGAUUGACUAAGAUGGCCUCCAUUUUCAAUGGCUCAACCAGUGUUGUUGGCAUGAGCCUUAGAAAUGAGCUUAGAGGGCGCAAGCAAAACGUCAAGGAUUGGUACAAGUAUAUACAAAGUGGAGCUGAAGCAGUUCACGCGGCAAACCCAAAUGUUCUCGUAAUACUAUCCGGGUUAAAUUAUGAUGCAGAAUUAAGUUUCCUAUCUAAAAAACCAGUGCGCUUAACAUUCACAGGAAAAAUAGUUUAUGAGGUACAUUGGUAUCAAUGGUAUGGAUUCAAUGGUAAUGCCAAUCAAGUGUGUGGGAAUAUAGUGAAUAGUUUUAUGAGGAGAGCAGGAUUUUUGCUUGAACACGGUGUGGCGCCGCUGUUUUUAAGCGAAUUUGGAAUAGAUCAAAGAGGUAGUAAUGUGAAUGAUAAUAGAUAUUUCAAUUGCAUGAUGGGUGUUGCUGCUGAACUUGAUUUUGAUUGGGCUCAAUGGACAUUAGUUGGGAGUUAUUACUUACGACAAGGUGUACGUGGAAGUGAGGAGUUCUACGGAAUGUUGGAUCGGAAUUGGUGUGAGACUAGGAAUUCUAGUUUUGUUAAAAGACUUUCUUCAGUUCAAGUUCCUCUUCAAGGUCCUGGUAUUUCUGAAACAACUCCAUACAAAAUCAUUUACCAUCCAUCUACCGGACUUUGUGUUAACAUAAAAAAAUCAUUGUUCGAACCACUGGAAUUGGGAUCUUGUUUGAGUACUGAAGCAUGGGAUUACACCCCACAAAAACAUAUAACACUCAAGGGAGCUGAUAACCUCUGUCUACAAGGUGAUGGAAUAGCGAAGCCGGUAAAACUUGGAAAUAUAUGUACAGAUUCUAAUUCGAAGUGGGAAACGAUAUCGGAAUCCAAAAUGCAUCUUCAAGCUAAGCUGGCCGAUGAAAAAAAUACGGCUGUUUGUUUGGAUAUUGAUUCUAACAAUAACAUUGUUACUAAUUCUUGCAAAUGUUUGAGUAGAGACAAUAUGUGUGAUCCUUCAAGCCAGUGGUUCAAAAUUGUUAACAGUACCAGAAGUACAUCAAGUUCAGCCGUAGAACUAUCUCUGCCGACGAACGAGCAAAAUCAAAUGAUUGAGUUGACGAUUUAAGAAGGAUUAAUGAUCAAGGGAGAUGACACAUGACGUGUUUUGACGGGUUCCGCAUGGUAGUUUUUUCUCUCUCUCUCCUGUGUGUUCUUUAUUUUUCGAGUUUGUACCUGUGUGAUGAUCUAGAGUUUUUCAUAGUACCUCGAGCGACUUUCAUCCAUACCUUUUACUAUAACGUGACCGAUACUUUGCAAGUUCCAUUUUUUUUUUUCAUACGAUGUACUAUGAUACUCAAUGCAGCAGCUGUAUUUUUUUACUGCAGAAAGUAAAUCACCUCCAUGGUCACAAUCAACUGUAAAAUAUCAUCUAU